CUGGAAAAGCAACAUAUCACUCAGAGACUGCUCAAGUAUAUACAUAUAUACACACACAUACACACAUUUCUCUUAUACUUUGCUUCACGGUCACAUUAAUUAAUACUCCUCCAUCAAAGAAAUCCAAGCAUGGGUACUGAAAUUGUAAUGGUGGAUGAAAUCCCUUUUCCUACCCAGAUCACGACCACCAAGCCAUUGUCUCUGCUUGGUCAUGGAAUCACAGACAUUGAAAUACACUUCCUCCAAAUCAAGUUUACUGCAAUUGGAGUCUACUUGGACCCUGAAAUUACAGGGCAUUUGCAGAAAUGGAAGGGAAAACCUGGAAAUGAACUCUCACAAGACGACGAAUUCUUCAAAGCUGUUAUUGCUGCUCCUGUGGAUAAGUUUCUGCGAGUUGUGACCAUCAAGGAAAUCAAGGGCUCCCAGUAUGUUGUGCAGCUAGAGAGUGAGGUGAGAGAUCGAUUGGCAGAAAUUGACAAAUAUGAAGAAGAGGAAGAGGAAGCGUUGGAGAAGAUUGUUGAGUUCUUCCAGUCCAAAUAUUUCAAGAAGGAUUCAGUCAUCACGUUCUACUUUCCAGCUACUUCAGGCACUGCCGAGAUUGGAUUUGCAACUGAAGGGAAGGACGAAUCAAAGAUCAAAGUCGAAAAUGUGAAUGUUGUGGAGAUGAUCAAGAAAUGGUACUUGGGUGGAACCAGGGGACUUUCUCCUACAACCAUAUCCUCCUUAGCCAACAACCUCUCAGCUGAAUUGUCUAAAUGAAUGCCCUAAUGCAGUAAUCUCGAUCUGUAUUAGGUUGUUGUCUAUCAAACCUCUAUGACAACUAGUGACUUUUCUGGCAUAUGUGGGAAGACCAAAUAAGAGAAUACUUUGAAGUUCAAGUUUACAUUUCUUACUCU